AUGGCAGAGGAAGCAGAGGGCGGGGGCGGGGUGGCGGGGCGCGGCGCGGCGCGGGAGGGCGGCAGCGGGGCCGCGCGGCCGGUAGAGCUGUGUUCUUGGUGUGGGGACCCGAGUGGACCGGACGGAUGGGCAGCAGCUGGCGAGGCUGCCCAUGUGCCCCUGCCCGCCGGGGCUCCCCGCGUCAUGGCCAUCGUGCAGACACUGCCGGUGCCCCUCGAGGCCGUCGAUGAGGGGGCUGCACAGCUCCGUGCUGCUGUCCAUUCGCCCCCUGCCACCAUGGGCAGCGUCGGCAGCCUCCUGCCUGGCCGGCCCCGCCACGACUGCACCAGCCAGCCCUGCAAUGGGGACCCUCCCACCGCCUCCUUCCGCAAGCAGGAGGGGCUGCUCAGGGCCACCCAGCGGGACCCCCCAUCUCCCGAGGAGUCCCACCCAGCCAUGCCUGGUGUCACCCAUGCCUAUGCCAAUGGAGGCUUCUGUGGUGACUGGCUCGACGUCCCGUCUCCCACCAGCCUCUGCAGUGACUCAGAUGAGCCCCACGAUGACCAAGCCCCAAGUGGUCACCUCCGGGCCCCCCCCCCCAAGCUUGUCCCUGUCUCUGGCAAGCUGGAGGAGAACGUGGAGAAGACCCUGAUCCGCCCCAUGGCCUUCAAGCCGGUGGUGCCCAAGCUCCGGAGCGCCCAGACAGUGGUGCGCCCUGGGCUCUCGGAGAGCCAGGUGAGCCUCACCCACUUGCUGGGUGCCGAGAAGCCUGGCUCCCUGAGCUGCCGCGCCAGCACCCUCUCGGACUCGGGGCGCAACUCCCUCUCCAGCCUGCCCACCUACAGCACGGGCUGCAGCCAGCACCCCGAGGUGGGAGCCCUGCCACCCACCCCCCAUGGUCCCCCCGACCAGCCGGGGGGCUGCCGCCCCUCCAACUCAGACAGCGGGCGCUCAUCCUCCAGCAAGAGCACGGGCUCGCUGAGCGGCCGUGGCCGGCCCUCCUCCGAGAGCGGCUCCUGCGGGCGCUCACCUCUGCCCGGUGAGGAAGCCAUGCUGGUGCGGGAGCUGGAGGACAAGCUGCGGGAGAGGGAGGCCGAGCUGCAGCUCCUGCGUGACAGCCUGGAUGAGAAUGAGGUGGCCAUCUGCCAGGUGUACGAGGAGAAGCAGCGGCGCUGUGAGCAGGAGCUAGAGGGUCUCCGGCAGCGCUGUGCGGCCCAGGCACGGCAGGCAGCCCAGGCAGCACAGCGGGGGCAGCAGGUCCUGCAGCUCCAGGUGCUGCAGCUGCAGCAGGAGAAGAAGCAGCUGCAGGAGGACUUUGCCCAGCUGCUGCAGGAGCGGGAGCUGCUGGAGCGCCGCUGCGCCUCCUUCCAGCGUGAGCGCACCGAGCUGGCACCCCGGCUGGAGGAGACCAAGUGGGAGGUGUGCCAGAAGUCAGGUGAGAUCUCCCUGCUGAAGCAGCAGCUGAAGGAGGCGCAGGCAGAGCUGGCGCAGCGCAGCACAGAGCUGCUGGGGCUGCGGGCGCAGCUGCGGGAGGCGCGGGCGCAGCUGCAGGCGGGCGAGCGGCGGGCGCAGGGGCUGCAGGAGGCCGCCCGCCUCAAGGCGCUGGAGCUGGAGGUCUGUGCCAACGAACUGCAGCGUCGCAAGAGCGAGGCCGACCUCUUCCGCGCCAAAGCCGGGCGGCUGGAGCAGGAGCUGGCAGGGCUGCGGGAAGCUGCCCAUGCGAGGUGCCCUCCACCCGGUGAGGGGUGCCCACCACCCGGUGAGGGGUGUCCCCAGCCUGGUGAGGAGCCCCGGGGCAGCGCGGGGCUGCGGCGGCAGCUGGAGCGGCUGCGUGCAGAGGUGGCCCUGGAGCGGAGGCGCGGGCAGGAGCAGCGGGAUGCCUUCGAGCAGGAGCGCGGCACAUGGCAGGGUGAGAAGGAGCGGGUUAUCCGCUACCAGAAGCAGCUGCAGUACAGCUACAUCCAGAUGUACCGCCGCAACCGGCGGCUUGAGCAGAGGCUCCAGCAUCUCCGGCUCCAGGGCGAGGAACCCCCACCUGAGCACUGUGACCCCCCUGGCCCUGACCCACCCUUCGAGGAGAUCACAGCCACAGAGAUUUGAGACACUGCCUUCCCUCACCCUGUGCUCGGAGGGGUGAGGGGGUUCCAGCUCCUGGGAUUUGGGGAGCUUGGGUGAUCCCUGCUCUCCCUCUGGCUCUGCAGAGACUGCUGAUACUGGGAGGGGACAAAGGGGACCGAAGGAGCUGCCCCCUUCCCACAUGGAGGUGUUGGGGUGAGGGUGGGUUGGUACCCACUGCAUUGAGGGGGUGCCCGUGAGAUGUGGAACCAGGUGGGUGCUGAGUCCUGGCAUUGGGGCCAUCGGGAGCUGGUUGCUGCUGAUCCUCUUAGUGCACAGGGAUUAGCAGUGCUGGCUUCAGCCAGGGUCACCUUGGGCAGAGGGAGGGCUGACUUGCCCCCUCCCUCUCAUCCCUACUGGCACUGCCACCCAGCCACUUCCAGAGGAGAUCGUGUGUGCUCCAUCCCUGCCCAUGCCAGCCUCCCCCUCACCUCCUGUGUGUGUGUGUGUCAGGGGAGUCAUUUCUGUGCCAUUUUAAAUAACUCUAUUUUUAUAGGCCCUACCAAAACGUAUCACCCUUUCCUAGCUCACACCCCACCUGUCUGUGCCCCCAUCACCCCUGCCACAGGGAACCUUGCCCUCAGUGCCUUUCCCAUACCCUCACCCCCAGCAUCCCCCUGUUCUUCCUCCACCCAGAAUAAGCUGGGCCCAUGCCCCUGCAAUGCCCAGCCUGCCAGGGAGAGGGGCACAGUACUAGGGUGAGCAGAGUUGGGGGUCCCAGCUGGCCACCCAGCAGGGUCAAACCAAAGGAAAAGCCUGGCUGUGCCCAGCUCUAGCUUGGUCACCCCUGGCUCCGGUGGUGGUGGUGGGGGGUGUUGUACUUUAUUUCAGUGGUGUGCUGCUCCCAGAGCCCGGCUCACCCGUGUACCACCCGGGAACGCUGAUUAAAAACAAGCCCCUGGCUGUGUUUUUUUCA